AAUAUGGAACUCAGAAACCAAACAGAUGUUUCAGAAUUUCUUCUCAUGAGACUGACAGAGGAUUCAGAACUGGAGACCACCUUCUUCAAACUGUUCCUGUCCAUGUACUUGGUUACUGUCCUGGGAAACCUGCUCAUCAUCCUGGCUGUCAUCUCUGACUCUCACCUCCACACUCCCAUGUACUUUUUUCUCUCCAAUCUGUCCUUUACUGACAUCUGUUUAAGCACAACCAUGAUCCCAAAGAUCCUGGUGAACAUCCAAGCACAGAAUCCGAGCAUCACGUACAGAGGCUGCAUCACCCAGAUCUGCUUUGUUCUGACUUUUGUUUGUUGGGGAAAUUUUCUGCUUUUAGUAAUGGCCUAUGAUCGCUAUGUGGCUAUUUGUCACCCACUGAGAUACACAGUCAUCAUGAACCCCCGCCUCUGCUUCCAGCUGAUUCUACUCUCCUUGUUCAUUAGCAUUGCAGAUGCCCUGCUCCACAGUCUGAUGGCAUUGAGGCUGUCCUUUUGCACAGACCUCGGAAUCCCCCUCUUCUUCUGUGAAGUUGUUCAGGUCAUCAAACUUGCAUGUUCUGAUACCCUCAUCAAUAACAUCUUGAUAUAUUUUGCAGCUAGCGUGUUUGCUGGUAUUCCCCUUUUGGGGAUCGUUUUCUCUUAUAUUCAAAUUGUUUCCUCCAUUUUGAAAAUGCCAUCAUCAGGCAGAAAGUAUAAAGCUUUUUCUACCAGUGGGUCUCACCUCUCAGUUGUGUCCUUGUUCUAUGGGACAGCUUUUGGGGUGUACAUUAGUUCCGCAGUUAUUGACUCUUCCAGGAAGACUGCAGUGGCUUCACUGAUGUACACUGUGGUCACUCCCAUGAUGAACCCCUUCAUCUACAGCCUGAGGAACAGAGACAUGAAGGGCGCUUUGAGGAAACUCAUUGGCAGGGUACUUUCUUUUCUGUGA